AUGGUGCCGAUUCCAUCCAAACACUUAGUCAUCAGCCAACCAGUUGGCUGCCAGCUCAUCAUCCAUCAACCAGUCCUCAGCCAGCCAGGCACGAAUCAACAGACUAUGAACCAAUCAAGCACCAGGAAGUUAGACACUAGUAUGAACCCGCUGGACAUAUACCAACCAGGCACAAGCCUACCUGGCAUGAACCCACUAGGCAUGAAACAACCGGUCGUCAGUCAACCACGCACAGGCCAACCAGGAAUUACUGAAACGGAAAUGAGCCAACCAGGCUCCAUCCAGCCUAGUGUGAGGCAGCUAUUCAUAAGCAAACUAUACAAAGGCCAAUACAGCACAAGUGACCUAGACAUGAAACAACCAGACCUGAGCGAUUUCAGCAUGAACCCACUGCACCUAGGCCAAAGCCAACCCAUCGUGAUUGAACCAGGUACGAAGCAAGCGGACCUGAGUGAAUUUGGCAUGAGUCAGCUGCACCUAGGCCAGAGCCAGUCCAUCAUGAUUGAACCAGGUAUGAAGCAACAAGACCUGACUGAGUCCGCCAUGGGUCAACUGCAGCUACGUGGGAGACAAUCCAUCCGUAGUAAGCCAGGUAUGAAGCAACCACAGGUAGGCCAGAGCCAAUCCACCCACAAUGAAUCAGGUAUGAAGCAAGCUGGCCCCAGCCAAUCAGGUAUGCGUGAACCACGCAUGAAGCCACCAAACCCAACAAGCCCCAGCCCAACAUGCAGGAACCAACCAUGCACGAACUUUUUCCAAAUAAGAUCUGCAGAGGCUCGAGACUGCAUCAAAAUUCUGCAGCUAAUUCAGGAAUCGGCUGCUUCUGAGAACAUGCCGCAUGUGGUCAAGCUAACAGCAGCGGAUUUAUUAAGAGAUGGCUUUGGAGACCGUCCCCUUUUCUACUGCCUGAUCGCAGAAGUAUUCGGUAAACAAACACCAUCAGGCCAAGCGACUGCUGGAUUUGCUAUGUACUACUUUACAUACGAUGGCUGGACUGGCAAGUUACUUUACAUAGAGGACUUCUUCGUCACCGUACCUUUCCGAGGCCUAGGUAUUGGAACUGCAAUGCUGAAGAGCCUUAGUCAGAUAGCCCUGAGGAGCGAGUGUAACGGCAUGCGCUUCUAUGCCGUCCUCUGGAACGGGGCUUCUACUGACUGUGCCACUCCUCAGGGGGCCACGGGCCUUUUCUCCAGGGAGGGCCGCUACCUGUUGAGGAUCAACAAAGAAAAACUCCUGUACCUGGCAGGGGAACAGUGA